AUGAGUGUCUUGGCCUGUACAGCAGCUUGCGAUGCAGCGGGCUACUCUAUAGCGGGUGUGGAAUACGCUUCUGAGUGCUAUUGUGAUAAUUAUGUCUCAAGCUCGGCCACCAAUGCCUCUAUCACCGAUUGCAACAUGCCAUGCAACGGCAAUGGAAGCGAGUUCUGUGGCGCAGCUAACCGACUAGAUCUGUACACUGCUGGCAAUACGAAUGCGACGCCGAAACCUGUGACCGUCACGCCGCCUCCUCCAGGCGGUUGGUUCUCGAUAGGCUGUUACAGUGACUCUUCAAGCGCUCGCUCGCUAUCCGUUCCGACUUACAUUCAAGUGCCGAUGACAAUUGAGGCCUGCACGAACGCUUGUUCAACUGCUGGCUAUACAAUUGCCGGAUUGGAAUACGCUGGGCAGUGUUUCUGUGACAACUCAUUGCAGAACUCUGCUGCACUGGUUACCGACGGACGGUGUAACAUGGAGUGUAACGGCAACAGUAACGAGAUUUGCGGCGGACCUAAUGGACUGAGCGUGUAUCAAUUGACUGGUUGGUACAGCCAAGGUUGCUGGAACGACACCGUUGGAGAUCGGACUCUCAAUCAUCAGCAGUAUGGUCUCCCGUCCAUGACUGUCGAGGUUUGCACAGCGGCAUGCAAAAAGGCUGGCUACACACUGGCUGGUAUGGAGUAUGCCGGAGAGUGCUACUGUGACAGUGCUCCCAUGAACUAUGGCGGCCCAGCCAUCGAUGGUAAUGUUGGUUGUAACAUGGCUUGUGCAGGCAACGCCAACGAGAUGUGCGGUGGACCUGGUAGACUGAACGUCUAUCAAUUCAACUCCACUGGACUACCCGUGGUUACGACGACCUCUUCCGCGCCUGGUACGACCCCUACUGGUGGCAAUGGUGGAUCUACCGCCCUGCCAACACCGUCCUCCUCCGUUAAUGCCUCCGCAAUUGCUCCUUUCAAGUAUCAAGGCUGCUAUACUGAGGGCAAUGGAGGACGGGCCUUUGCAAAUCAGCAGCCGGAUAAUAGUACAAUGACCGUCGAGUCCUGUAUUUCGCUGUGCAGCAGCCAGGGGUACACAGUGGCGGGCAUGGAGUACGCAGAUCAGUGUUUCUGCGACAACUUCAUCCGCUACAAUGCCUCUCGUGUGACCGACUCGCAGUGUAACAUGGGAUGUGCUGGUAACUCUGGAGAGAUGUGCGGAGCUGGCAGUAUCCUGAGCGUCUACUCCGUUGGCAACUUGACUGACUACACUGAUGCAACGAUUCUCAAGACCAACCUUCCGGGCAGCUGGCAAUAUGCCGGCUGCUUGACCGAUGCUGAUGGUACACGCUCACUGGCUUACCAGAUCGUCUCACAGUUCAACAACACGAACGAGGCCUGCUUGGCUCAAUGCCAAAAGUUCGGCUACAAUGCUGCCGGAACUGAAUAUGGACAGCAGUGCUUCUGUGGCGACAUUCAGAAUGUCAUCAAUGCCGGUGCCACCAUCCGACCAGACUCCGAGUGCAACAUGGUCUGCUCAAAUGACACUGGAAAGAACGGUGGGCAUUACUGUGGUGGACCAUCUCGCCUCUCCUACUACACCUGGGACGAGUCCAAUCCACUGUACAGCUGGAAUUUCGCUUCUGGCAAUGAUGCUGGUGCCUACGAAUUCCUGAUUGGCGGUGUCACGAUCCCACUCGUCACCUCUCCAGCUCGCAACGGCAAGGUGACAUAUAUGGAGAAGUUCGGCACAUCGCCAGCUAACAACGGCACUGGCGCUUAUGAAUUGGAUCUGAGCAUGAUCAACAACUUCACCGCAGCGUGGCGACCUAUGCACGUCAAGUCCGACGUUUUCUGCUCCGCCUCACUUACACUGCCUGACAAAGUCGGUCGCCAGAUCAAUAUUGGUGGUUGGGCGAAUGAUGCAACGUACGGUGUCCGACUCUACUGGCCUGACGGUAAGCCUGGUGUCUGGGGAGUCAACGACUGGGAAGAGAAUGUUGCCGAGGUCUCUCUCAUCGAUGGCCGCUGGUAUCCCACCGCCAUGACUAUGGCCAAUGGAUCAAUCCUGGUCAUGGGUGGGGAGAAGGGCUCGAAUGGUGCGGCAGUGCCUACUCUUGAGGUUCUGCCCAGCCCAUCUGGAGCGACACAAUACUGCGACUACCUCGACCGCACCGACCCAUACAAUCUAUAUCCUUUCCUUGCUGUACUUCCUUCUGGUGGGAUACUGAUCGCCUACUACAACGAGGCACGAAUCCUAGACCCAGUCUCUCUCAACACCAAAUCAGUCUUGCCUAACAUCCCAGGCGCUGUCAACGACUUCGAUGGAGGGCGCACAUAUCCAUUCGAAGGCACUGCCAUGAUUUUGCCACAACACGCACCGUACAGCGACUACAUGCGAGUGAUCAUCUGUGGUGGGUCCGUCCCAGGACCAGAAAUCGCACUUGAUAAUUGCGUUUCCAUUGCACCUGACCAGCCGAAUGCCAACUGGACGAUCGAGCGCAUGCCCAGCAAGCGUGUUAUCACUUGCAUGACAGCUCUUCCAGACGGCACGUACCUCAUCCUCAAUGGCGCCCAACAGGGUCGUGCGGGCUUUGGUCUUGCCACGCAGCCAAACUACAACGCCGUGCUGUACGACCCGAGCAAGCCCGUAAACUUCCGCAUGACAGUCAUGGCCAACACGACUGUCGCUCGCCUCUACCACUCCGAAGCUGUACUCCUCGACGAUGGUCGUGUUCUCGUGUCUGGCUCAGAUCCAGAAGACGUGCGGUCUUUCGCACCACAGGAAUACAGAAACGAGGCUUUCAUCCCACCAUAUCUGAUGGCCGGCGCACCUCGUCCAUCCUUCAACCUAUCGAACCUCGACUGGUCGUAUGGCCAACAGGUCAGCUUCAGCAUAACUCCAUCCGGUGCAUCGUCAACGAGCAACUACCGCGUCAGUCUCAUCGGCGCGGUAUCGAGUACGCACGGCAACAGCAUGGGACAGCGGACGAUCUUCCCUGCCACCACCUGCAGUGGGUCGACAUGUACCGUCACCGCGCCACCAAACGCGAACGUGGCACCACCGUCAUGGCACCAGAUGUUCUUGCUCGAUGGCAAUAAUAUCCCGUCGCAUGCAACGUGGAUCAGGAUAGGAGGUGAUCCUGGUGCUUUGGGCAACUGGCCGCAGUUUGACGACUUCACUGUCCCUGGUAUGGGUGCUGUGGAGCCGAUAUUGUAG